CCAAGGUCACCAUGGUGGCGGCUGAUGCGCACCACGCUGAGCCGCCCGGAGCCUCCUCCGCGCACGACGUAGAGGUGGUAAAAGUGAGCAGAUCCAAGGUGACAACAGCGCAGAACGAGCGCUCACCGCUUCUGUCGAAGCCUGAGGAGGAAAUCUACCCUUUGCCGUGGUUCCGCAGCCCUGAGUGGACCAGGCAUCCACCACCACCCGCUAGAAACCCCGGACGUCGUCGACAAGGUGCUGCCAGUAACAAGAGAUCUUCCGCGUGCCCGUCGUCAUUGCUAUGCUGCUACAACUCCUCAGCGUCGGACGGCGGCUCCGAGUCGGACGUGGAAUUGGGCUACCUCGUGCGACGUCCAGCGAAUGCGAGUGAGGCCGGCGAAGAAGCAGACAGCUUCAAGCAGUGCAUCCAGUUUUUGGUGGGGCUCAUCUUGAUCAUGGCUAUGGCUCUCAUCCUUCUGAUCAUUUUCCAGCCCAAGCCCGAUAGCUCGCGCUGA